GGUCAGGGACUUUGAAGGUUAGUGAUCAGAGUAGGUGGAGAGUCUCAGAGGAAGGAGCCCCGGGGAGCAGGGCCACCCACACACCAUGGCGAGCGUGGUGGUGAAGACAAUCUGGCAGUCCAAAGAGAUCCAUGAGGCUGGGGACCCCCCUGCGGGGGUCGAGAGCCGCGCCCAACUGGUCCCUGAGGCUCCUGGGGGGGUGACCACCCCGGCCAAGGGGAUCACGAAGAAAAAGAAGGCCGUGUCGUUCCACGGGUGGGUUUGUCGCACCCUGUCGGGGACGGUCCUAGCGCCCAGCACUGCCUCCAACAGAGCACGAGUCCCACCGGUGGAGCCUCGGAUGUCCCAUGAGCCAAUGCACUGGUGCCUGAACCUCAAACGGUCCUCGGCCUGCACCAAUGUGUCACUGCUCAACCUGGCUGCUGUGGAGCCCACUGACUCCUCAGGGACAGACUCAAUCACAGAAGACAGUGGCUCACUUGCACUGCCGGUGCCCCCUGCCUCUCCCACCCCACCCUGGGCUUCAGAUGACCCAGACAUCACGGAAAUACUGAGUGGGGUCAACAGUGGAUUGGUCCGCGCCAAAGACUCCAUCACCAGCUUGAAGGAAAAGACCACCAGGGUUAACCAGCACGUGCAGACGCUGCAGAGUGAGUGUUCUGUGCUCAGUGAGAAUCUAGAAAGAAGGCGGCAAGAAGCAGAGGAACUGGAAGGGUACUGUAGUCAACUCAAGGAGAACUGCCGGAAGGUGACCCGGUCGGUGGAAGAUGCUGAAAUAAAAACCAACGUCCUGAAGCAGAACUCUGCCCUGCUGGAGGAGAAGCUGCGCUACCUCCAGCAGCAACUGCAGGAUGAGACACCACGGAGGCAGGAGGCCGAGCUGCAGGAGCUGGAGCAGAAGCUGGAGGCUGGACUCUCUCGGCAUGGCCUGGGCCCCACCGCCCAGUCCCCCGGCUGCUCUGGCACUCCAGGGAGUCCCGACGAACCCCCACGACCCCGCAGCAUGGCCCCAGGUGGCUGGGGAAUGGGGCCGCGAGCAGGGGAAGGCCCCAUCAUAAGCGAGCAGGAGAUGCAGAAGGUCUCUGCCGGCCUUGAGGAUCUGAGGAGGGAAGUGUCCUCGCUGACUGCCCGCUGGCAUCAGGAGGAGGGGGCAGUGCAGGAGGCCCUGCGGCUGCUUGGGGGCCUGGGCGGCAGGCUCGACGGCUUCCUGGGCCAAUGGGAGCGCGCGCAGCGCGAGCAGGCGCAGACAGCACGGGGCCUGCAGGAGCUGCGGGGACGCGCGGACGAGCUGUGCACCAUGGUGGAGCGAUCAGCAGUGUCUGUGGCUUCACUGAGGAGCGACCUGGAGGGCCUGGGCCCAGUGAAACCUAUUCUGGAGGAGCUAGGGCGGCAACUUCAGAGCUCUCGAAGAGGGUCUGACCUCUCCAUGAACCUGGACCGGCUGUCCCAAGGCUCCUGUGUCCGCUGUGCCAGGGCUGUCUGGUACCCUUUGGGAGUAGGAAUCCCCAGGCAUCGUAGGAACUACCCACACUGUGAAAAUCAAAGGAUACCUGAUGCACUCCAGGGGCAACAGCUGUCCACAGAGUCCCUGCAGCAGCUGCUGGAGCGAGCACUGACCCCACUAGUGGAUGAAGUGAAGCAGAAGGGCCUGGCUCCCGCCUGCCCCAGCUGCCAGAGGCUACACAAGAAGAUUCUGCCCAGUCCAGCAAGCCCAGCCGCGCCUACACUCCUCUCCCCAGGAGCUGGAGCGCCAGGCCUUGGCCAAACACGUCAGGGCAGAGGCCCUGAGCUCCACCCUUCGGCUGGCCCAAGACGAAGCUUUGCGGGCCAAGAACCUGCUGCUGACGGACAAGAUGAAGCCGGAGUGAGGAAGGAGGCUGAGGGCGUGGGAGGAGGGGAGAAGGUGGCCGCUCUGGACUAUCUACACUUGAAGAUGUGUUCCCUCCACGAUCAACUCAGCAACCUGCCACUUGAGGGGUCUACAGGGACAAUGGGGGGAGGAAGUGGAGGGGGAACUCCUCCAAAACGUGGGGGCCCAACCCCUGAACAAUAAAUGGCCUCUCAUGCUGGCAUGAAU